AUGCAAGGCUUUAACAUGGGACGCUAUGUCCCGCCCGAGCUUGAAGGAACUGUAUCAUUCAACACCGCCUCUGGUAAAGGCCAUCCGCUUGGCAAUCGAGCCCGAAAGUUGAAGACCGAAGGAGUCUUGACAGUUCGAUUCGAAUGCCCCUUUGCGAUUUGGUGCACCCAUUGCCAACCGGAACAGAUUAUUGGACAAGGUGUUCGAUUUAAUGCAGAGAAGAAAAAGGUGGGCAACUAUUACAGUACUCCCAUAUGGAGCUUUCGGUUCAAACACACCAUUUGUGGAGAAUGGAUUGAAGUGAGAACCGAUCCCAAGAAUGCGGAAUACCUCGUUGUGGAAGGGGGAAGGCGGAGGGAUACCGGUGAAGACAAAAUACUUGAUGGUGAAAUAAGAUUGGGAGUGUCGGAAGAAGACAAGGAAAGACUCGAGCGAGAUGGCGGGUUUGGCGCCUUGGAAAAGAAAGUCGAGGACAAGACUCUGUUCAACAGCCAGAAAGAGAGAUUGGAUCAAUUGUUGAAAGCUAGCGACCGAGACUGGGCGGACCCUUACGAGAAAAGCAGAAAACUGCGAGCCGAAUUCCGCAUAGGAAGGAGGAAACGUCAGGCAGAUGAGAGGACCGGAGAAGCUCUCAAAGACAAAUUCGGACUUGAGGUGGAAAUGUUAAGUGAGCAUCCCGAAGACAAUGAGCGGGCCAAGUUCAUUGAUUUUGGCCUACAAAGAGAGGCGUCGAGUUCAUCCAAACCUAUGUUUCGCAACUUGAAUGGUGUUUUGCCAUCGAGAUUCAAAUCUGACGCGAAGCUGGACAAGAAAAACGUUCUACAGAACCAGUUAAGAGGGAACACCAGAAUUGUUACGGAUCCAUUUCUGGACAAAAUAGAUGGCUGGCAACCACGAACGAAACGGAAAAGGGUCGAAGAGGACGAGAAUGAACAGAACAAAACAGCGAAAGCGGAUGGUCUGGCGUUGGUUGGUUAUGAUUCGGAUUCAUCAUGA